CACUCUGGCUUGGACAUCUGCUCAGAAGGAGGCCUGGGCACCCCAGGACAGCGACCCCUGAGCCUGGCCUCCUCACCCUCAGGGAGCAGGUGCAGGCACUGUAAUUUCUAGCUGCCUCGGGAGCUUCUGGGGCCCCAGGUACCCUCCUCUUCGUAGAUGCUGGACUUGGGAACCCGGAGAGGUAGACCCUCUGAGAACGAACAGCUUCCAGAGCUCAUUCUCUGUUCUCUCUCUCUCUCUCUCACUCACACACACACACACACACACACACACCCUGGCUGAUUUUACAGUCAAUCUUUCAAAGUGCAAUUUGUCUUGGAAAAGCCAAUGUGAGGCCCGUGUGGGUUUCGACCAAUGGCGCCGCGCCUCUGGCCGCUCAGCCAGUCUCGGGUCUGUAUUCUAAUGGGCCAUAUCUUUAUCAGGGAAAUGUUGCUUCUCCGAACUUAAAACUUCUCAUGAAGGGUCCCCAGAUCCAGAGGCAGAGGAGGGGUCUGAGCUAAGGCGCGGGGCGCUGCCUUUCUCCGGGCUGGACCGGGAGAGAGCCAAGGGGCGCCGGGGAGGCCGCGCACCUGCCCCAGGAGCACCUGACUUCUGAGGCGCUGCCGUAGGCGCGGGGCCGCCCGGGACCCUCCGGACCUGCCAUGGGCUCCUGGCUCAGAGCUCGGGGGCUCCGGCUGUAGGGGCCUGGAUUCGGGCGUCCCACCUCGCCUGGCCCCGACCCGAGGAUCAUGGAGUCCAACCUGCAGGGGACGUUCCUGCUGAACAACACGCCGCUGGCUCAGUUCUCGGAGGUGAAGGCCCCCGUGUGCCAGUACUCCGUGCAGAACUCCUUCUACAAGCUCAGCCCCCCGGGGCUGGGCCCCCCGCUGGCCGCCGGGACCCCCCACGGGAUCACGGACAUCCUGAGCAGGCCUGCGGCCGCCCCGAACGGCAGCCUCCUCUCCGGCUACCCCCACGUGGCGGGCUUCGGCGGACUGGGCUCCCAGGGCGUCUACUACGGACCCCAGGUGGGGAACUUCCCCAAGGCCGCCAGCGAGUACCCGCCCCGGACCCGGAACUGCUGGGCGGACACGGGCCAGGACUGGCGAGCCGGGCGGCAGUGCAGCGACACCCCGGAUCCCCUGAGUGACAGCAUCCACAAGAAAAAGCACACCCGGCCCACCUUCACGGGACACCAGAUCUUUGCCCUGGAGAAGACCUUUGAGCAGACCAAGUACUUGGCCGGCCCUGAGAGGGCACGGCUGGCCUACUCGCUGGGGAUGACGGAGUCGCAGGUCAAGGUGUGGUUCCAGAACCGAAGGACCAAGUGGCGCAAGAAGAGCGCCCUGGAGCCGUCGUCCUCCACGCCUCGGGCGGCGGGCGGCGGCGGCGGCGGGGAGCGCGCGGCCUCGGAGACCGAGGACGACGAGUACAACAAGCCGCUCGACCCCGACUCGGACGACGAGAAGAUCCGCCUGCUGCUCCGCAAGCACCGCGCCGCCUUCUCGGUGCUCAGCCUGGGCGCGCACAGCGUCUGA